AUGCUACCUAGUAGUAGUAAUCACGAUCUCCUCGAAAGCCAUCUGGACUCGGAGUCCUCAGAGCCCGAUGAUUUAUACGACGUGAACUUUCACGAGAUCUCUGAAUGCUUUGCGAUGGACUUCAGGCCGGAGGCCAUCUCGGACACUCCGGUCGAAGAUCUGAGUAUAAUCAGCUCCUUCAAGACGAUACCGAUACAAAUUGAGGCCUUUUACGACGAACAUCCGGAAUAUCGAGAAAUUGUGGCCAUAUACCCUAACUCUAAGGGUGAAGUGGAGACUUACAAUCCCAAUGCGUUCAGAGAGCUUCCGCACGAGAAGGUGAAAGAGUAUGAGGCUCGUCUAGGACGCCACGCAAAAGCGGGGGAGGAGGUAGUCGAGAAAUUAGGGGCCGCUCUGCGUGCAGCGGGCGCAGUGGAAUUGGCCCGCUUGAAACAUCCCCAUCGCGGCUUUACAUUGAAGAUGUCGCCUGCACAGCGGGACAGUUUUCUAGAGCUCUCUCGCAACAGGCGAACAGUAUCCGUAAUGAGCGUAGUGAGACAAGGUUAA